AUGUAUGAAUUAAGUUGUACUCUGUUGGGGCACGAGCAAGAUGUUAGGAGUGUCGCAGUGAUCAAUAAUGAACAAAUUAUAUCGGGAUCUAGGGAUGGUACUGUUCGCGUUUGGAGUAAGAAUGAAUCUGUUGAUGGGAAAUGGGAUUCGGGCAAAAUUAUGCAUAGAACUUCCAAAUUUGUGAAUUGUGUAUGCUUUGAACAGAAAGAGCAUUUAGUUUUCUACGGAGACCAAGAAUCACUUGUUAGGGGUGUAUCUCCACUGAUUUCUAUGGAGCAGGAAGCGACUUACGUCUUACAAGGUCAUAGGAGUAAUGUUUGUGGGCUUGACUCAAAAGAUGGAUGGGUUAUCACUAGCAGUUGGGACAGCACGGCCAAGGUAUGGUAUGAAGGUGAGUUGAAGUUUAUAUUGGCCGGCCAUACAGCGGCUGUGUGGCACGCAAUUAUUCUACCAGGAAAUAACCGAUUUUUAACUGCUUCUGCAGAUAAGACGAUAAAACUGUGGGAAGGUUCUGUAAAUUUAGAGACAUUUACAAAUAUUCACAGUGAUGUGGUGCGCUAUCUAAUUGCCUCUCCAAAUGGUGACAAGUUCCUAAGUUGUUCGAAUGAUUAUACGGUAAAGCAGAAUGAUAUGAAGGGUCGCACCCUGCAGACAUAUGAGGGUCACGAAAGCUUCGUCUAUUGUGUGAAGUAUCUGCCCAAUGGGGGAGUUGUAAGCUGUGGUGAGGAUAGAUCUGUUCGAAUUUGGGAUGCUUCAGGUUACCUAAAGCAGGUGAUUACACUGCCUGCGGUUUCUGUAUGGUCCGUGGAUGUCAUGCCAAAUGGUGAUAUUGUGGCUGGUAGCAGUGAUAAUGCUAUCCGAAUAUUCACUACAGAUAUUAAUCGUCGUGCCUCCACGGCAGAUAUUGAGGAAUUGAAGAAAGCUGUUGAGAAUAGUACAAUUAGUUCUCAAGCAAUGGAAUUUGACGAGUCUAAAUUGUCUCCAUAUGAAAUUUUGAAUCGUCCGGGUAAAAAGGAAGGCCAAGUUGUCGUAGUGAGGUCUCCAACUGGUGUAACUGAGGCACAUCAAUUUUCUGGCGGCCAAUGGUCUAAAAUUGGCGAUGUUAUCGGUGCUUCAGGAAAUGAUCAAAAAGCAGAAUUUGAAGGUAAGCUGUAUGAUUAUGUGUUUGAUGUUGAUAUAAAGGAGGGUGCUUCUGUCCUGAAGCUUCCGCUAAACGCAAACGAUAACCCUUAUGAUGUCGCAGACAAGUUUAUUGCACGCCAUGACUUACCUCUCACUUAUAAGGAUCAAAUAGUAAACUUCAUUCUGAAGAAUACACAAACUGCUUCAUUCGACACUAAAACCUCUGUAGGUAAUUCUACAAUACCGUACGGCACGCGAACUAGAAAAGUGCUUCCUGUGACGUUAUACCUAAGUAUUGAUAACUUCAAUCCAGAUACGCUGUUUAACGGCAUUACUAAGCUUAAUGCACUGGAAAACAGUUUUGAAGAUAACGAUCUUGUCGCAAUUGCCACCGGUUUACAAGCACCUGAAUCGAAUUACGAGUUGCUCUAUGCUAAUGCAGACAUUAUACAUUCUUCAUGGAAAAAUCCAACCCCAGCAUAUGACAUCAUGAGAAUAAUAGUCCAUAAGUUACCCAGUGCUGACAUAAUAAGCAAAUAUGUUGAACAUGGAUUAGAUUCCUCGAAACCAGCUCUUUCAAUGUUAACAAUUAGAAUACUAGCCAACGCAUUCAAAAACCCGCUUUGGGGGAUUGGUUUAAUGUCGUCUCGGGCGAUGUACGAUUCUGUGUUUGAACUCAUAGAUGCAGAAUAUCCUAACUGUUCAGCAAACCAACAGUCCGGUAUUGCUAUAGCUGUUUCUACUCUCCUAUACAACUAUACCGUUCUAAGCGUCAAGGAACAUAAUUUGGAUAUUACUUCCACACUUGCAUCUGUGCUGAACAGCAAGUAUGGCCCUUCGAGUUUUUUCCAAGAUCAUGAAGAGGCUGCAUAUAGAUUAGUGGUAGCCUAUGGGAACUUAAGCACGGUAGAACCAUCUGUCGCCCAAUUUUCCAACACCAUUUCAUGGUUAAAACAUGUGAAACAAAAAUAUGGUCACUUGACCAAAUUCCAGGAUGUUUUCAACGACAUGUAA